AUGAGCUUUCUCGGAGAUAUGGUCGAUGUCCUCGGAGAUGGUGCCGAGGAUGCUGGAGCUGAUGCCGGCGAGGCUGGCGAGGCCGGCGCUGAAAGCGUUGGGUCAGCCAGCGAGGUCCUCGAUAGCAUCGAUAUCGGGGGUGACACAGGUGAUAUUACUGAAGGCAGUGGAAACAUCGAAGGGGAUGUGAAAGAUGGAAUGGAGGAAAGCCAGAACGAAAUGAAGCAGGUCACCAAAGAACUUGAAGACGGUGCCCCUGACGCGGAGGAGAAUGCUGCAGCGCUUGAGUCCAAAUGGGCCACGAAGUUCAAGAACGUGUGGGCUUCAGCGAAGACCUUUGGCUCCUUCGUCGGUGUCGAGCUAGCGAAAGGCGCCCUGUUCACUGCCGGCACGAAGAUCCUACAAAUGGCGUUCGAUAAAGCCGCUGCUGCACCCGGAUCAAAUAAUACCGAUACGGCUCAAAUUACCAACAUUAUUAGCACCGUCAACAAGUCGGGCAAAACCCUGCAAGAUGCUCUUGAUACUUGGUCAAAGUGGCAGGCUGCCCACUACGACAACCGCGCUUCUUAUGGUACCAUUUCGGCUGCCGGAUUCGAUAUCCAGCUAUUCCAGAUCCUCCAAAACGACGUCUCUAGCCUUGGCGAUCAGCGAGACAAGAUGGUACCUCUCGUCAAAACGGCGCAGCAGGCUCAGACUUUGGACUCUGUUCAGGCCCUUCUGACAGCCGACAUCGCAUAUGCUCAGGCUGUCGUUGAUUUGAGUAAUCAAAUCAGCACCAAGAUGACGUCUAUGACGGAUGAUGGACUGAAAGCUAAGUCGGUUGAGGUACAGGCGGCUUACUCGAAUCUUACCGCCCUUAGCUCUUGA